UUUGUUGCCUGUUUUCGGCACACCUACCUAGUCCCACUCAUCCACUUUAUCUGCUCAUGGCAGAUUUACCCACACUGAGCACUCCUUGGAUUAAGGGAUGCAGAGGAGGAGGAAGGUCCUGGACACAUCAGUGGCUUAUGUGCGUGGAGAGGAGAACCUGGCCGGCUGGAGGCCCAGAGGAGAUAGCCUCAUCCUAGAGCACCAGUGGGAGCUGGAGAAGAUGGAGCAGCUGCAGGAGGUGGAAAAGACCCGUCACCUUCUGGGAGAGGCGGCUCCCGUGGGAACAGCUCCCACCACCAAGUCCCUGAGUGAGUCUCUGUCCCCCAGCGUGAGCUCCGGCACUCUGUCCACGUCCACCUCCGUCUCCUCGCAGAUCUCCAGCACCACCUUUGAAAGCGUGAGAAGGAGCUGGCCACCAAGAGGCAGUUUUGAAUUUAGGAGCGCCAAGAUGGCAGCGGCAAACCCUGGCGGCUCUCCGCCCCCAUCUUUCUUCCAGGUGGAAAAGACCCGUCACCUUCUGGGAGAGGCGGCUCCCGUGGGAACAGCUCCCACCACCAAGUCCCUGAGUGAGUCUCUGUCCCCCAGCGUGAGCUCCAGCACUCUGUCCACGUCCACCUCCGCCUCCUCGCAGAUCUCCAGCACCACCUUUGAAAGCGUGAGAAGGAGCUGGCCACCAAGUGCCUGCGCCUUCUGACACACACCUUCAAUACUGAAUACAACCAGCUGGUGAACAGCAUCAGUGACUGCAAGCUUUCUCUCAUCUCACCGAUCGGACGUGAUCCAUCCGUGACGAGCUUCAGCAGUGCCACCCUCACCCCUUCCUCUACCUGCCCCUCUCUCGGACUCCCGCUGUGGCUCCAUGGGCCAGAAGACCCCUGAGAACAGCUCACGUGCCUCCAGUCCCUCCUGCUCAGACUGUGAAAACUUCCCGAUGGUUCCCACUCUGGAGACCUCCUACCUUGCGCGGGCUGCAAAAGAACGAGUUCCUGAACUUGGUGCCUGAUAUUGAAGAAAUGCGACCAGGUUCAAGCAGAAAUGAUGUGGAUCGAUUCAAAUUCCUGAGCCUGGAUGAUUUCAGCUGGAAACAAACCAACUCUGCUUCUUCCUCAGGUCCACAGCGGGGACAGGUCUCUCCAUCACCAGGAUCAGCUCUCUGCCAAAGUCAAACCACUCCAACAGAGACACUGGGGCUGAU